AGGUGUGGCGGACUAUAAAGCAUCCUUUGCAUCCUUUUCCAUCACUACAGCUCCUCUGACUUUUACUCUCCAGUCUCUAUAAGUCUCUUCGAAUCAGCUUUGCAAUCAUCAUGUCUGACAUCCAGAAGGCUAUGGCCCUCCUCAUUGGCGUCUUUGAUAAAUACGCCGGCAAGGAGGGGGACAAGCACACCCUGACCAAGGGAGAGCUGAAAGAGCUGCUGCAGAAUGAAUUUGGUGAUCUGCUCGGGAAAACCAAUGACCAGGCGGCGGUGGACCGCAUCUUCAAGGGCCUGGACUCCAACCAGGACAACAGUGUGGACUUUAACGAGUUUUCCAACAUGGUCAGCUGCCUCACCGUGCUGUGCCACGAACACUUCUGCAAAAAAUAGGGAUCCAGCGCCAUCUUGGGGCCAUUACAGAGAGCUGCCCUCCUGUGACCGCUAACUUUCUCCUAUUAACUAAAUCAACACGAAGGCUCAAAAUAUUAUAUUGUAACGCACAAUGAAAUAAACGUAUUUCUUCGAAAAGCC